AGAAAAUAAUAAAAAGAAAAAUCAAAUGUGUAAUUUAUAAAAAAAAAAACCUCCUCUUUCUAAACGUCAAGCAAUUUCUCUCAAUUGUCCUAACUCCUAGCGUCCACAACCCCUAAUCCUUGAGCAAACAAACACCCACCAUUUUCUCUCUCUGUCCUCACCCUUUUCUGGUUUUUCCUUUCUCCUUCUUGUGUUGUUCUUCUGGAUGUCAAACGACGAUAACUAACAAUUUUUUCGAUCCGAAACCCCCUUGCCAAAAGGAAACUAGACCCUUUCCCUUCUUCAUUGCCUCAUUACCAUUCCGCUCGUAUUCUCUUUGUCGGUCUCCUGAAUUCGUACGGCUGUGGGAAGUUGAUGAUUUCUUUCCUGAUUCGUCGACCAAGCACUUGCAGACCAUUUCCUGGAUUGCAGACCGUUUUAGGGUUUUGAUAAUCUGAGUACCCGUAGUGUCUUUCCAAUUUACCAAUCGCUAGGGUUGCUUCUAUAUUCCUCUUUCGCUUGUAGAUUUAAGUCCCGAGUUGUUGGUAAUAUCAAUUUGGAUACGAAAUUUGGAUUGCCCCCAAUAAUUUUGUUGCCUUGGGGGUCCGUUUUGUUAUUGAUCGUGGCUCACUAAGUGCCCUAAAGGUCUCUGUUCGUACUGGAGAUAAGUUGUGCUAAGUUGUUGCUUUCGUCUCUUUGCUUCGAGUAAAAAAAAAAUCUCUCUUUUCAAGCCCCCAAGUAGACUGGUCAGCCACAAUCUAGGAGCUUUUGUUUGGCGUAUUUGCCAUUUCUGUCUUGACGGUUCUGCUAUCCUGACUGUUUGUUGGAAGGAGGAAGUUUGGUUUUUUUUUGGGCGGAUAUUAGCUGCUGGUAGAUAAGCUGCAACUGCAUGGGCGAGCAUGAGACGGCCGAUUCACUACUACCUAGUGGGCUUUUGCCAAGUGGCCUACUUCCCAAUGAAGCGGCCUCCGUGAUGCGAGUGCUUGACUCAGCCAGAUGGUCGAAAGCUGAAGAGCGAACCGCGGAACUCAUACAGUGCAUUAAGCCCAAUGAAGCGUCCGAGAACCAACGUAAUGCCGUUGCUAGUUAUGUGCAGCGGCUCAUUAUGAAGUGCUUUCCUUGUCAGGUCUUCACUUUUGGUUCUGUUCCACUUAAGACUUAUUUGCCGGAUGGCGAUAUCGACUUGACAGCCUUCAGUAAGAAUCAGGAUUUGAAAGAUACGUGGGCUCAUCAGGUCCGCGAUAUGCUGGAGAAUGAGGAGAAGAAUGAGACUGCUGAAUUCCAGGUUAAGGAAGUCCAGUAUAUUCAGGCUGAGGUGAAAAUUAUAAAGUGCCUUGUGGAGAACAUUGUAGUAGAUAUAUCAUUUAACCAGCUUGGUGGGCUAUGCACACUUUGUUUCCUUGAAGAGGUUGAUCAUAUGAUAAAAGGUGAUCAUUUAUUCAAGCGAAGCAUUAUUCUUAUAAAGGCCUGGUGCUAUUAUGAGAGCCGUAUAUUGGGUGCUCACCAUGGUCUGAUAUCCACAUAUGCACUGGAAACAUUGGUUCUCUAUAUAUUCCAUGUUUUCAACAAAUCGUUUGCUGGACCACUUGAGGUCCUUUAUCGUUUCCUUGAGUUCUUCAGCAAAUUUGAUUGGGAUAACUUCUGUGUCAGCCUCUGGGGUCCAGUACCCAUUGGUUCACUUCCAAAUGUGACAGCCGAACCACCCCGAAAGGAUAGUGGAAAGUUACUGCUCGCCAAAUCAUUUCUUGAUGCCUGUGGCUCGGUGUAUGCCGUUUUUCCGAACGGCCAAGAAAGUAAUAGCCAGUCUUUUAUCUCUAAACACUUCAAUGUCAUUGAUCCUUUGCGCGUUAACAACAACCUAGGGCGCAGUGUUAGUAAAGGUAACUUCUUCAGGAUUCGUAGUGCAUUUGCUUUUGGGGCAAAGAAGCUAGCUAGGUUACUUGAUUGUGAUAGUGAGAACAUACACUUCGAAGUGAAUCAGUUUUUCCAGAAUACUUGGGAAAGACAUGGAAGUGGUCAUCGUCCUGAUGCUCCGCUCAAUGGUUUUUGGCAAUUAAGACCAUUAAAUCAUGAUUACUUGCUUGGCUCAGAGAAUGAGAAUUUCCGAAAUAUUAUGAGUGCCAAAUCUGGAAGUCGUGAAGGUGAAAAUGAUGCAUUGCACGGGCCUUGUAUUGUCCCAUUCCAGCAUGGUAAUCAUGUCCUAGAAAGCACAUCAUGGAGUAGUGAUGCUGGCACAGUAUCUCAAACACAAAGUCAAAAGAUUAAUGUAAACUACAGUUUAAUUUCUGAUCAGGCUAGAAGAGAAAUCAGCACAUCUCAGAGUGUUCAUAGCAUUUCUAAACCGGACAGCUUGGCAAGUGAUUCACAAGGAAGGUAUCUUUUUGCAAGGACCCGCUCAAGUCCUGAGCUUACGGAUACCUGCAACGAAGUUUCUUCACAAGCAAGGCGUAAUAAAGCUCCAGAAAGUGCAAAAGGCCAGACAACAGCAGCUUGGUUUGAAAAUAUCAACGGGCAAAACACUGAACAGGAAAACUUGUCCAGGCACACUGUUAGAUCCUUAGGUGAUGAUCUUUCAUCACUUAGGCACGGUUUGCCUAACAAAAGUCCUUAUGCAGCUGAAUCCAAUAGUUAUCUUGAAGAUUCUGCCACAGGUGAGGAAUUUACUUCUGUUCUAAGUACACAGGGGAUGCAUCUGGAAGAACAAGAUCUUGUCAACAUGAUGGCUUCUUCCAGUAGCCUUGGUUUUAAUGGGCAAGUUCAUCUUCCACUAAACUUGGCGUCCAGUCAUGUACCAUUUCCUAUACCACCUUCUGCUCUAGCUUCUAUGGGAUAUCUGCCAAGGAAUUUGGGUGGAAUGCUACGCACAAAUAUUCCAUUGCUGGAGCCUCCUUGGGAUGCAAACACGCAAUUUCCCCAGGGGUUGGUUUCUUCUCAACUGACCCACUAUUUUCCAGCAAUAGGACUGACAUCAAGUCCAGAAGGUUCAGUUGAACAUUCAAAUGAGAAUUUUGGUACUGUGGGAUCGAACCCUGGGGAGGCUGACAAUGAUUUUUGGCGUGAACAUGAAAGGGUCUCAGUUGGUGGUCUUGAACUUGAUAAUGGAAGUUUUGAGAUUGAAACAUCUGAUGAUAAGCAGCAAUCUACAUCAGGUAGGUAUAACUGUGGUCCUUCAUCUAGGAUAGGUGGCUCUGGGAACUCUUCUGGAGUUCAGCAGAAGUUCACCAGGGAAUCCCUACAUUCAAAUCGGGGUGAUCAUGCAGAAAAUUUUCCGCACGCAGAGAACAAAGGUGAUGACGUUUUCUUUCAUGGAAGGCUCACAAUUUCAAGUCCGUUUCCUACUGUACCAAGUUAUUCUGUAAGAAGUAGAGCUUCUUCUGAGAGUUCAUGGGAUGGAUCAUCUGCAAAGAUGAAGUCAGCAAGGGAAAAGAGAGGUAGGAAGACCUCUGCUGCUGUGGCAUCUGUAGUUCAUGUGAAAGGUAAAGGAAUCUAUGAAAGCUCCUCCAGCCAGGUGGAUGGUGACAGAAAAGAGUGUAGCUCACAAUUAUCAAUUAGCCCAGAGAUUGUUGAAAGGGGCUUGGUGCCUCCACCUACUGGUGUCUCAAGCCAUCCAGUUCCUGGCUUUGAGCUGGCACAAACAAGUGGAUCCGAUCCAGUAGUGCCUAUUCCUCCAGUGCUAUUGGGUCAUGGCGCACGAUUUUAUCCUACGGGACCACCUGUUCCAUUUGUUACAAUGCUUCCCAUUUAUAACUUCCCAGCUGCAGAGAUGGGAACUUCUGAGGCAUCUACAAGUCAGUUUGGUUCAGAGAAGGGCAUGGAUAACAUGGAUCCUUGUCAGAAUGGUGAUUUACUUGAGGGACAUCAUGAUCAGUCUGAAGUUCCAAGUCCUAGUAGUACUUCAGUGAAAGUUUCUGCCUCAGUUGAGGCAUUUGAGCUCAAGUCUGACAUCCUCAAUAGUGAUUUUGCUAGUCAUUGGCAGAACUUGCAAUAUGGACGGUUUUGUCAAUAUUCACGACUUCCUACUCCAGUGGCCUGUCCUUCACCUGUUGUGGUACCACCUGUAUAUGUACAGGGUCGUAUCCCAUGGGAUGGUCCUGGAAGACCUGUUUCGCCGAACAUGAAUCUUCUCAGUCAGGUUAUGGGUUAUGGACAUCGUAUCCUUCCAGUCGCUCCCUUGCAAGCUGUUUCCAACAGACCUGCUGGUUUCUACCAACAUUAUGUGGACGAGGUGCCAAGAUAUCGUGGUGGAACUGGAACCUACCUUCCAGACCCUAAAGUAUCAGUCAGGGAUAGGCAUUCCACAAACUCUUCUAGAAAGGCAAACUACUAUAAUUAUGAUAGAAGUGAGCACCAUGGUGAUUAUCGAGAAGGGAGCUGGAAUAAUUCAAAGUCGAGAGCCCCUGGGCGCAGUCACAGUCGCAACCAAGCUGACAAGUCAAGUAGUUCAAGACUAGACAGAUUAGCAGGCACAAGUGGGAGCAGCAGAUUGGAGAGGACAUGGGUCUCACACAGACAUGACAACCCCACUUCUCACCAGCAGUCUCAAAAUGGCCCUGCCCGAGCAAACAUCCAACAGAUUGGAUCGCCCAAUAUAGCUUAUGGCAUGUAUCCAAUUACAUCUAUGAAUCCGGGUGGAUUGCCAUCAAAUGGGCCAGUUGUCAUGUUUUAUCCUUAUGACCACCAGAAUGGUGGUGGUGGUGGUUAUGUUUCUGCAGACCAGAUUGAGUUUGGUUCCCUUGGAAAUGUGGGAUUUGCCGAGCUGUCGAAUUUGAACGAGGACCAAAGAUUUCAUAGCAGUGCAGCCGCUCAAUUGUCUUCACCAGAUCAGCCUUCUUCUCCUCACCAUCUUCAGAGGUAGUUUAAAAAAUCCUAACCGUGUCAAUGUCUGCCAGGCAGUUUAUAGCAGUGCAAGAUUUCUCUGGGUCUGGAAGUCUGUUGGUCGUCUGUCUGCCUGACAGUGUCCUGAAGCACUACAGUUUCCAGCACAACGAAUGGGGAAUUUGACUUUUUCUUCCAUUGCUGCAUGAUUUUUUUACCCGGGGUCCCGGAGAGAUGGUGGUCAACUGGGGAACACGAUGAAGAGGAUAAUUUCAUGCAUCUUGCAAAGGACAUGGAUGGAGGGAGGGAGGAUUUCAUAUGAUUGUGGCAGCGCCCCUGCAUAAUUUAGUGCAAGAAGCUUCUCACAACUCUUACUAUAGUGACUGUUUGGUUUCACCCCCACCGAUAUGAUAUGACUUAUGAGUGACUUAUGAGCGCCUUUUCGAGACUUACCCUGUUUGCGGAAGAAGUAGAAGGGAAAAUGUAACUUGGUGGCGGCGAAUGAGCCACAGCCACCAUUGCAGUAGUGUAGUUCAUUAAUUUCGAAAACAAAACUGUAGGACUUGGGGUAGAAACAGAUUGCAACUUAAUGAUGUAGAAGAAAAAGAAUCUGCAUGCAAGUUUGGAAAGUACGUGGCGAGAGUUCAAUCCUCUGUCGAAGUCGUAAACUUUUCUCCGUCUGUAAGUUGGUGAUUCAGUUCCCACGUGAUGGAUGGUUCUGUAUUAGGAGGUUUUGAUACGUUAAUUAAAGUCAAGCUCGGGUAUAUGAGGAAUGCCUCUUUAUGAUCUGUUAGUUUUUUAGAAUCUAGUUAAUACUAAACAGUAAACACGAUGAUUAGAAUAAUAUUACAACGCUCUCCCUUCUCUCU